AUGAGCACCCUCGCAGGCGAGUUUAAGAGCGCUUACACUGCUGGAUCCGGCGACGCUCUUGCAGCAGUUUUCACACCAAUCGGAACCCAACAAAAACCCUACCGUUUACAGUCCUUCUAUGAUUUCACAAAUGCAGCAUCCCUGCAGAAAGAUCUGUCCUUUGCGCUCUUCCACGGCAAGAGUCUGAAACUACCCCGAGCCGAACAAACCGCGUGGGUUGACAUCUUUGCCGCAUACUGGGAAGCAGUCGGGGAGGUGCUGAAGUGUGAGCAAGGCCGCCGUGGUGCGAGCCUUGUUGCAGUAUUCACCGCAUGGAAGAAGGUUGCCAAUGCGCUCAUUCGGGGCUAUUCUUCAUCGGCCGGUAUCCCCGCCUGGACUCUACCUUGCUUGUACACGGUGGGCAAGUACUUGCGCACCUUCGCGAUUAAAGCCGACAUCGAAGCAGCUUCACAGGGAGCUUCAAGUUUUGGUUUCCAAGAUGAUGUGGCUGCCGAUAUUGAGAAGAAUGCGCACCUGGAGGAGGCUGCUCGCAUCAUUAAUCGAAUGUUCACUCUGUGUCUCAGUGAUCGGGCACCGAUAGAGGAAUCGCGCAAGUGGGGGAUCUAUCAAACCACAAAUUUAAUUUUCAAAACUUACUUCAGGAUCAACUCGGUCGGCCUCACCAAGAACCUCCUUCGCGCAAUUAAUGCGCAGUCAGCCGAUUUGCCUCCGCUGGAAGCAUUCCCCAAGUCUCAUAUCGUCACUUUUGAAUACUACGUUGGAGUUAUCCAUUUCUUGGAUGAGAAUUAUGCAGAGGCCGAGAAACAUCUGGCAACGGCCUGGAGCAUGUGUCACCGAGGAGCGUCGAAGAAUCGAGAGUUGAUUUUGACGUACUUAAUCCCUUGUCAUUUGGUCACAACACAUACCCUUCCUAGCGCUCAACUCCUGGCUCCAUUUCCACGCCUGGAGAAGCUCUUCCGUCCUCUGUCAAACUGUAUUCGGAAAGGUGACUUGGUCGGAUUCGACAAAGCUAUGUCAGCCGGCGAAGAAGAGUUCGUCAAGAGACGCAUCUACUUGCCGCUGGAGCGAGGGCGUGAUAUUGCGAUGCGAAACCUGUUCCGAAAAGUUUUUAUUGCCGGAGGUUUCGAAGAGGCCAAAGAUGGUGAAGCUUCCAUUCGAAGAACCCGUGUCCCCGUGGUGGAGUUUGCUUCUGCCUUGAGAAUUGGUACCCACGCUACUAGCCGGACACGGAUUGAUAUCGACGAAGUGGAGUGCCUUUUAUCUAACCUUAUCUAUAAGGGACUGAUGAAAGGCUACAUUGCGCGUGAGCGAGGCAUAGUCGUUUUGAGCAAGAACAAUUCUGCUUUCCCAGGCACUGGCAUCUAA